CCGUUCUACAAGCACGUGGUUUUUGUCAAUUAUUAUUAUUAUUAUUUAUUGUUACGUUACGUAAAAUUUAUUUUUCAUCAUUGUUCAACAUUUACAUUCGCCGAAUUCUUGUUGUGAACAUGUUUUUAAAUUACAAACAAUAUUGUAGAGUUUUGUAAAGUUUAUUUUAAUCUUUUAAAUUUUUUUUUAUCUACACUAUACCUGUAUGAUUCAAUGUCAACAAUAAAAUGACAUUGUUGUUACGAGGAUUAUUGAAAUGAAUAAUCACAGAGUAAAUAAUUACAAAUAUUGUGAUUUUAAAGUGUUUUUAUGAGUUUCAAGAGAUCGUUUUUUAAUUGUAUCAUUCAAGGCUCCGAUUCUUAAAAGAGAAAAAAUUUUGAUUUUGCAAUUGAAAGUGUGUGCGCAAAUGUACAACUUAGACUUAAUGGAAUUUUUAUCUUUUGACUGUUUGGAAAUAAUUUUAUUUUAUAUUUUAAAACUAAGUGAGUGUCACAGCAACAGUUAUUAGAUGAUAAAAUGUAUUACUUUAUUUUAAAUAAGUACUAAUGAUAAAAAAUUUUCAAAGUGACCGAAUUUUGGUUGAUGUUACUAUACGUGAGGUCCUUGACGAAGACAAAUUAGAUUGUACAGUGAAUAUAUAAAUUUAUAAUUAUUUUAUUUGUCUCCUUUUAAAAAGUUUUUUCUACUGUUUAACCUUGGUGGUAAGAAGCAAGAAUAACAAUUAUUGAAUAAGUUAAACGAGACGUACUUUUGUGCGUCAUGAUGGGAGUGUUGAGGUGGAGGCACGAUCUGAGAUCGGAGGCCAGUCAGCAGCAACAACAGAGAAGUAACGGUCAUACUAGUACGCUUACGAAACUUGUGACCCAGACAUCUAGAGAUGAUCGUCAAGUUUCCAGUCCUAGCAAUCAAACCCUCACACCGUCUUCAUCACCGUCACCAGUCGGCGACGCGCCUUUGGGACGUGCUUUGAUGGAGGCAGCUAUCCAGCAAGCAAAUAAUUGUAAUCAGCAUCAACCACCACUAAUCGUCACCCCUCCGGGAUAUUGGGUAGAUGGUACCGAUCAUCGUCAUGCCCUGGAUUCUGUUGGUAGAGCAAUGCUGCCAACGCAACCAGCCUGGCAGCCUCGAAUCGAUCAAGACGACACAGCAAAAUGCUAUCGGCGCUUUUUUGUUGGAAGGGAGCAUGUAAAUCUUGUUGGUAGAGACUCAGAAAAUGGUCCAGUGUUGGUAUCAAUGAAGGCAGAAACUGUUGCUGGGCAAGAACAUUGGAGAGUGUUACUUCGGAUUAGAUCUGGAUCAACUCACGAAUUAGUACCAUCCAUUAACUUAGAACCUAAUCCAUCACCUUCUAAAAUGGUUAAGGCAAUUAAUGAGUGCCUCAAUGUCAGUACAUUGAUGCCCAUAGUAUGUUCCGGAGCUGGAACUCUGAUUGCCCGAUACGAUGAACAUGCUCUAGUUAGCAGAUUUAAAUUUGGUGUAUUACAUCAGAGAGCAGGACAAGUUACUGAAGAACAAUUAUUUGGUAAUCGUCAAAUAACACCGGCAUUUCAAGAAUUCUUAGAUUUACUUGGACAAAAAAUUGAUCUGAAAGAUCAUAAAGGAUAUCGUGGUGGAUUAGAUACAAGACACGGUCAAACAGGUGAUUCAGCAGUUUACGAAAUAUUUAGAGGUCGUGAAGUACUUUUUCAUGUAGCUUCGAUGCUUCCCUAUAGUCCCGGUGAUUCUCAGCAGCUUCAACGUAAACGACAUAUAGGGAACGAUAUCGUAGCAAUAAUAUUUCAAGAAGAACCGACUCCUUUUAGUCCCGAUAUGAUUGCUAGCCACUUUCUUCAUGCCUUCAUUGUUGUUCAAGUCAUCGAUCCAUGCACGCCUAAUACAAGAUACAAAGUAAGUAUUACUGCACGGGAUGACGUACCUUGGUUCGGACCAGCAUUACCAACGCCUGCGGUCUUCCUCCGAGGCGUCGAGUUCAAAGAGUUUUUGCUUACAAAACUAGUAAAUGCAGAGAAUGCAGCUUAUAAGGCAGAAAAGUUUGCGAAACUAGAGUUGAGAACGCGGUCAGCACUUUUGGAAUCGUUGGUCGACGAACUUCAAACAAAAACAAGCGAAUUUUUAGGAGCUGGAUCUGGUCCUAGUGUUUCUGGUCCAGGUACUUGCCCAGUUAGUCCAACGACAAGUGACACCCCGAUUUCGGGAAGCAGUGGCAGUGGUUCAAGAUUUAUUGAUACUGUACGCAAAGCGUUAAUUUCACGAGUAAGAAAUGCCUCAACUGAAAGUGUACCUCAGCAAUUAGCUAAAAAGGGCCAAUCUGAACCAAGUCCACCUAGCAAUCGACAAUCAACAUCAAAGAUUGGUGGUAAACGUAAUAUUGAACCUUCUAGUCCUCUGGGAUCUCCUGAUUUAACUCUGAGAAGAGAUUCUGAUCGCACAAGUCCGAGCUUAGGAAGUCAGGAUAGUAGUUUAUCAAACACUGAUAAUCAAGACAGCAGUAGCCUGACAACUUUGCAACAAGAUGAAAUAGAUAAACGAGAGUCGACAACAAUACAAUUGACUUCCGGAGUUAAAAAUGACAGUGUUGGGACAAUUGAGAAAAGUCCUACCAUUACUUUUCCACGUCUUACUCACGAAAAUAUAAGAAAACGUGAUGAUAGAUCUGAGAAACCAGAGGUUACUCAUAGAAUAGUAUCUGAAAGUGAUGACAGUUCAUUAAAUAGUGAAUUAGAACUCGAUCAAGCUGUUUAUCCAGAUAGUGAUACUGGAUUAGAGUCAAUGAGUUCUGCUGAAACACAUGAAACUACUAAAACUAAUAAUAAUAAUAAAAAUAGCGCUAAUGAGACGGAAAAUUUACGGCAAGAAGUCACUAGAUUGAAAUGCGACAAGCUGGACUUGUUAAGACAGAAUGUGACAUGCCAACGAGAUAUUAAACGUCUUCGUGAAAAAGAAAUGCAAUUACAGUCCGACUUAGCGACUGCGUCCAAAGAAAUUUUACGACUCAGAGCAAUGCUUAAAGAAUGCUCAUCUAGUAAUCCAUUGGAUAGCAAUAAUCAAUCGACACCUACAGUUUAAUUUAUUUUAUUUUAUUUUAUAUUCUUUUCAUUCAGCAAUAAGACCAUCACUGUUUAUUGUUAUUAACAAUAAUGAUAGUUUAUUUAUUUAUCAGUAGAUAUUUACAUCAACAGUUUAAAUGCUUAAAUACGAUACAUUUAUUAUUAUUUUUAUUGCUAUUAUUAUCACUAUUAUUGUAUUACUAAUAUUAUUAUUAUUAUUAUUAUUAUUAUUAUGAUUAAUUAAUUUAAAUUAAAGUAUUCGCAUGAUCUCCAAAAUAUUCGGAGAUAAUUAGUUAAUAGUAUAAGAAAAUUAAGAGAACGUAAAAAAAUGAUUGAUAUUUUUAAAUGGAAGAAAAAAUAUUUAUCAUAUUAUUUAUUGUUAUUAGUAUUAUGAUAAAUCUACGCCCUUGUCUUAGUCAAUGUUUGAAAAAACAAAAAAACCUCAAUAAAUUUGGCAUAGAUUCGAAACUAGUUGAAAUUUGAAGAUAUAAUGAAAUAAAAUAGAAUAGAU